AUGACAUUGACAAUGACAUUUCAAAAUUGUCAAAGAACAAAACAUUGGGUUCCAGUUGAGCUGAUUAUUUAUUUUUAAAUAAAAUAUUUAAAGAAGUACAGUACUAAAAUAAAUAAAACAUGAGUGAUACAACUUCUGAACAACCAAUAGACACUAUCAAGAAUGUUGAAGAUGGUAAAGCGAAGCUGAGGAAAUGGCUAAACAUGAACUUCAGAAUAGAGAUGACUGAUGGUAGGGUUCUAAUUGGAGUGUUCUUAUGCACAGAUAGAGAUGCCAAUGUGAUAUUAGGAGCUUGUUCCGAAUACCUCAAAAGUAGUGAUGGUGAAACAGAAGAACCAAGAGUACUUGGCCUCGUUAUGGUUCCUGGGCGUCACAUAGUCUCCAUUCAGUUAGACGACACUACACCACCACAAAUGUACUGUUAUGAUGAGUGAUUCCUCACCACCCUCCUUGGUUUUGUUAUCAAAUACCCCUUUCUGUUAAUAAGUCUCAUUAGUUUGACAUUGUACAUGAUAUUUAUACUGAAUACUGAUACUAAUUAAGUUAGAAAGAAAACAAUUUGUUUUAGUAAGAUAGGCAAUGAUUUAUUUAUGUAUUACACAGUGUUUAAGUUUUCAAUCAUUUGUCUAAGUACAUCUGGUUCGAAGUAAAUAUUUUUGGAAUUAUUUGCAAAAGGAUUGUAUUCAUCAAUGACUUGACUCGAUUGUACAUUGAAUAUUUCUGAUAAUUCUUCUAAAAGUUUCUUAACUAAUAUUUUGGACCCAAACAUUUUAUACAAAAAUUGGCUAUUUAAAAUAUUUCUUAAACAAAUAUAUGGUUGCACAACUA